UUGUUCUUCCUUUUCACCCGCGCUCUCUCUUCUUUGAAGUAUUACGCCAUUUUUGCUUCCCUGAUGUCUUCGUCUCUUGCCGCCUUCUCUCUCAGAUCUGAUAUGGGGGGGAGACCGUCCAGAAAAACUCCAUCGGGUUUGAUUACGCAAUCAACCAGAAUCAUAGUAAAUUAUUCAAGUGGGGCUUCUCUGGAGAGUACUUGACCAACUAAUCAGAAGUCAAAAUGAAAAAGGCCUUUGAUCAAACUGUCCGGGACUUUAAGCGGGGGGUUAACAAGAAAGUUCUUAAAGUCCCUUCAAUUGAACAAAAGGUGCUUGAUGCCACUAGCAAUGAACCCUGGGGUCCACAUGGAUCUCUCCUUGCUCAUAUUGCACAGGCUACAAGAAACCCCAAUGAAUAUCAAAUAAUUAUGGCCGUACUUUGGAAGAGGGUCAAUGACACUGGGAAGAAUUGGCGGCAUGUUUACAAGGCCUUAACUGUUUUGGAAUACUUGGUGGUCCAUGGAUCAGAACGCAUCAUAGAUGAAAUCAGGGAACAUGCAUAUCAGAUAAAUACGCUGUCCGAUUUUCAAUAUGUUGAUUCCAGUGGCAGAGAUCAGGGAAGCAAUGUUAGAAAGAAAUCUCAGUGUCUUGUAGUUUUAGUAAAUGACAAGGAAAGAAUACAAGAAGUUCGUCAAAAGGCAUCUACAAAUAGAGACAAAUACCGCAGCAUGUCAAUGGGUAGUAUGUAUCAUCAUGGUUCAUAUUCAAGCACAGGAGUAUACGGUGACAGAUAUGAUGAAGAUCGUUACAGUGGCCGUUAUGUAAGCAGAGAUGAUAAUAGAAAUGGUUAUGGGAGAGAAAGAGAACGGAGCCAUAGAGAUGAGGACAGAUAUGGCAGGUAUGGGGACUCGUAUGGACGCAAUUCGGAUCACUAUGAUAGAGAAUAUGAUUAUGGAUACAGGGAUAGUGAUUAUCGUGGAACUGGAACAAGUCGAAGCAUUGAUGAAUAUAAUUAUGGUUCAAGAAGUAGAAGCCUUGGCAGAGACAGAGAUAUUGCUUAUGCUGACAGUGGUCAACAUUCAUCCAGAGUAAGUGGUGCCAGGGCUGAGGAUCGGCCACGAAAUAGAAGUCCUUCUGGUAGGCAGCCACUUCGGCGGAAAUAUUCUGAACAAAACCUUGCUUCUCCAAGUUAUGAGGAAUCUGUUGGUGAUACACAGAGUCCCACACAUAGUGCAAGGGACUCGGAAACUUCAUCAGCGCCUGCUCCUAAAUCAUCAUGCCCUCAUGCAAAUGCUAGUCCAAGUCACGAUACCAGAGCACUUGCUCCAGAACCUUCUGCUGGUACACCACAUGCUCCAGCACCAGAAAACAAAAAUGUUGACGGGUUGGGUGAAUUUGAUCCCCAUGCCUCCUUGUCAGCUGCCCAUAACGCCCCCAGUACUUCUGCUGUCCCUGAAAUGGAUUUACUUGGCUCUCUUUUUGACUCAUUCUCUUCCAAUUCAUUGGCCAUUGUACCGGUCGGACCACUUACUGGAACAUCCCAGGCUAAUUCCUCUGGAACAUCCAAUUCUGAAGUCACAUUUGUCGCCAACCAGGGUUUUGAUGAUCCCUUUGGCGAUGAACCCUUCAAGGCUAUCCCAUAUUCCAAUGGAAUAUCUGAUCAAACUCCCGAAUCGCUUCGUUCCUUGACUCAAAGUCCUGAUAUUCCUCAACCAGUAUCUCAUAGCAUUCAGCUUCAUUCAACCAACCAGAAUGAUCUGUCUAUCGCCAACCGGGAGAUUGACAUAUUGGCUGAUAUUCUCCCACCCUCUGGGCUUUCACCUUCUGUGUAUUCACAGAGUGAGCAUCCAGUCCCAACUGGCCAAACUGCACCACAUAUGGGUUUUCCACCUUUUCAGUAUGCUUCACUCACAAGUUUUGCUGCUCAACCUGCACAACAGUCGUUACAUUCAAGUUAUCAAACUGCUCAAGCUGAUUCACAAAUGGGGUUUUCUGCUCAAACCAGUCAACCUCAAUCUUUGGCACUUAUUCCAGCUCAAUCUGAUCAAUCACUACAAACAAGAUUCACAGCCCAAAGUGGUCAACCUGCUCAUCUUAAUGGCUUUCCAACACAGCUUGGUUCUCUUCCACUACAGAUGUUACAGUCAAAUUUUCGAACUGCUCAAGCUGAUCAAUCACCACAAACAGGAUACACAGCCCAAAGUGGUCAAUCUGCUUACUUUAAUGGUUUUCCAACACAGGUUGGGUUUCAGGCUUCUAGCGGCAAAAUCUUCAAUCCAAAUCCUAGUCUUUAUGGGGGUUACAAUGCACCUUUUGGAUCUCUACAUGCAUUCCCCCCCUCCAUGGGUACUCAAGUUUCCGCUGGAGCAUCUACACAUGAUAAUACUCCAAAUUUUCUUUCACAUCAUGGUACAGCUGCCCAAGUACCUUCACAGAUGGCCUUUCAAUCAUCACAAAGUCAACCAGUGCCCGCCCCUCAUCCCAUGCAGCCUAUUCCAUCAUCUGCUGCUGCAUCUCUGCUCACCAGUUCUCAGCCAGCUAACAACAACUUUGAGACGAAAUCUACAAUUUGGGCUGAUACACUGAACCGCGGACUGGUCAAUUUGAACAUUUCUGGGCCCAAAACAAAUCCAUUAGCUGACAUUGGGGUUGACUUUGAUGCAAUGAAUCGCAAGGAAAAGCGGAUGGAAAAACCCACUAAUACCACAGUGACAUCAACCGUUAUCAUGGGGCAAGCCAUGGGUUCUGGUUCUGGAAUUGGCCGUGCUGGUGCAGGUGCUCUUAGGCCUCAGCAAACUCAGAUGGUAGGCCCAGGUGUGGGCAUGGGAAUGAAUGCUCAUCCCGGUCCCGGAGCAGCAGGCUUUUCCAUGGCAGCUUACAGAGGACUUAACCAGCCAAUGGGAAUGGGAAUGGGAAUGGGAAUGGGGAUGAGUAGACCAAUGAACAUGGGCAUUGGACAAGGAAUGCAGAUGCAACAACAGUCUGCAGGCUUUCCUCCUGGACCAAACAUAGCCGGAGGAGGUUACUAUCCUCUGCCUGGCGCUGGCAAUUAUGGCCAGCUACCCUUUGGUGGUGGUGGUGGUGGUGGAUACCAAUGAAGUGGAACUAAAAGAAAACAAGAAUACUUGAAUUGUUUGUAGAACAUGAUGAAUGCAUGAUUGCCACUGGCUAGUGUAUUUGAAUAACUUUUCAUUUUGAGAACUACACAUUAAUGACAUUAUUGGGUGCUUUGCCUAGCUUUUGGUAAUCA